AUGGGCGCCGUCAAGAACAAGUACUCAAUCAUUCUCCCGACGUACAACGAACGGAAGAACCUCCCUAUUAUCUGCUGGUUGAUUGAGAAGACCUUCCGCGAGAACAAUCUAGACUGGGAGAUAGUGAUUGUUGACGAUGGAUCCCCCGACGGCACACUCGAAGUGGCCAAACAACUCCAGAAACUCUGGGGACCAGAACACAUCAACCUGAAGCCCCGCGAAGGCAAACUUGGACUUGGAACGGCAUACGUCCACGGCCUCCAGUACGCAACGGGUAACUACAUUAUCAUCAUGGACGCCGACUUCAGCCACCACCCCAAGUUCAUCCCCAAGAUGAUUGCCAUCCAGAAGGAGACCGACGCCGACAUCGUCUCCGGCACCCGCUACGCCAACCAUAACGACAUCAAGGGCGGCGUCUACGGCUGGGACCUGAUCCGCAAGUUCACCUCGCGUGGAGCAAAUCUCAUCGCCGAUGUGAUGCUCAUGCCGGGCGUCAGUGACCUCACGGGGAGUUUCCGUCUGUAUAAGAAAAACGUGCUCGAGAAGGUCAUCCACAGUACCCAGAGUAAAGGGUAUAGUUUCCAGAUGGAGAUGAUGGUGCGCGCUAAGGCGAUGGGGUUCAAGGUCGCCGAGUGUCCUAUUACCUUUGUCGAUCGCUUGUAUGGAGAGAGUAAACUGGGCGGGCAUGAGAUCGUCGAGUAUCUCAAGGGGGUGUUCACGUUGUGGUUGAAGGUUUGA